GAACAGGAAUUGGCCACUAGAACACUACACAUCCAGUCAAAAAGAUUCUACUUGGAUGUUAAACAAAACAGACGUGGUCGCUUUAUCAAAGUGGCCGAGGUUGGUGCAGGGGGAAAGAAAAGUCGCCUCCUUCUCGCAAUGUCAUCUGCAGCUGAAUUUAGAGAUUAUUUGACUGAUUUUACAGAACAUUAUGCAUCAUUGGGUCCUACUAAUACAGAAAAUCCUCCAGAAGAUGGUAAAUUAAAAAGUGAGCUGAUUGUGAAAGAUAACAGGCGCUAUUAUUUGGAUCUUAAAGAAAACCAAAGAGGAAGAUUUCUUAGGGUUUCACAAACUAUACCACGUGGAGGUCCUAGGUCCCAAAUUGCUAUUCCUGCCCAGGGGAUGAUCGAAUUUCGAGAUGCCCUUACUGAACUUCUGGACGAAUUUGGUACUGAUGACCAAGAGCCUCAGAGUGAUUUGCCAGAAAGUCGUUCAAUGAGAGUUGAAAAUAAGAUGUUUUAUUUUGAUGUUGGCUCUAAUAGGAGAGGUGUAUAUAUGCGUAUUUCAGAGGUUAGAAAUAAUUUCCGCACAGCCAUUACCAUUCCGGAACGUUCAUGGGGCAGAUUUAGAGACAUCCUAUCUGAAUUUUCUGAUAAGUCGGAUAAACAAGAGAGGAGUGAUCGUAGUGACCGUAGUGAUAGAAGUGAUCGUAGUGAACGAGCUGAAAGACAAGAUAGUCAAUAA